GAACAUGAAUAGACCUGGAAGCCGAAGGUCUGACAUCAGCGAGCCAGAUAAUGAUUGCUUGGCGGAGAUUGAACUAUCUCGUCUGCAGCGGCAGUACAGGCUACUGGAGAAUGACAGGAAGGCUUACUUUGAAGAAUCACAAAAUCUAGUCAGAAAACAAAAGGUUCACCUUGAGUCGCUGAAAGAGGAAAGCAAGGAGAUUGAGACUAACUUACAGCUAGCAAGUAGUGUUACUAACGAAAAGAAAGACAGAGCGUAUUCCGAAAAGAUACAUUCGCUUGUAGACGAUCAUGAUGAAUAUUUGAAUUUGAUAGAGAUGGAGAAGAAGUCUAUUAAGGAAUUAGACAAAGAGAUUUUAACCAUAGAGACAAAAGUAAAUGAGCAAUACAAAAAUUUAGGGAGCUGCAGCCGCAGUCAAGCACGCCACAUCUCGACACAUAAACGUCUUCGAAUUCUAGAGAAUCGGCUCUAUAAGGCAACUGUCGGGUUUAACGAGAUGCUGGGUUCAAAUGCAGAGCUUCGUUGCAGUAUUGACCACUUAACACAGGACCGUCAUAUAUUUGAAUCGCUGUACAAAAAACUGUUAAAGGAGCAACAACAUAUCAAGCGAGAGAUGAAUGACGUUAUUCAGCAGUCAACUGCAGCUUACGAUGCCAGGGAUGAAGCACAGACAAAGAUGAUGGCACUGCGUGACAGGAGCGAGAAGGAGCAAGCACAGUACAACCUAGAACUUAAGGAGCUGCAUCGAAUCAUCGACCACGACAGAAAGCUGAAAGAAUUCAUGGCCAUCAAGGCACAGGAAAGGAUCGAAAUAAAAGCCAUUGAAGCAGCCAAAUGCAAAAAGAAAGACGAUGAAAAAUCAAACACAAGAAUUCACGAAGAAGAGAUGAAAUCGUUAGAUGCCAUAUUUGAGAGAAUAAAAGAGGUAACGGGAGAAAAAGAUCUGGACGCGUUAGUGCGCAAAUUCAUAGACAACGAAAACAAGAAUUUUGCGCUGUUCAACUACGUCAACGAACUGAACAACGAAGUAGAGAUGCUUCAAGAUCAAAUCCACGGCAUUGAGCAAGACAUUGCCAGCUUCAAAAAACAAGGCAUGAAACUUGAUAAAAAUAGGCAUGCCAUAAUGAAGGAUUUAGAAGCUAAAUGUACCGAGAAAACAAAAGAGGGCGACGCCAGUGAAACGAAAUUAAAACACUUGAACAAGUCUUUGGGCCAGAUGAAAAGUGCCAUUUUGAGCCUGUUUCGCAAGGCAGAGUGUGAUGAAUCCACGAUUACCGAGAUGUUGGGUUCAGUAGCUGGAAUCAGCGACAAAAACGUCAUGUUGUACUUAGGCAGUAUCGAACAGAAAGUCAGCGAUCUGCUGCUCUCCCAGAGCUACCUGCAAUAUAAGUCGACUGAGAAAACUAAGCAAGAGGCAGCAGCUGCACAGGCUCAGCAGACUAGUAGCAUUUGCAACGCCAAGUUAAUAAGUCGUCCACAGAUCGACGUCAGUAUCGUUCCGCCAUCGCUUGAUGAUAGCAUCGACAGUGAUGAUGAUCUCAGUUCGAUACUUGAUGGGACUGGUGAAGUCCAACCACUGACAGAGGAAGAACUAAGGCGCAGGACUGUUAAGAUUGUAAAAAGACGUCAAGAAACCGUUGCAUCAAAAGUUGGGAAAACGACAGAAAACGGUGUUCAAAAUAACAAACAAACCGCUGGGUCCGGAGAUAAAGCUAAAACAUAA